AUGGCGCCCAAGUCGAUCCUCGCGGUGAAUGCCGGCUCGUCCUCCGUCAAAAUCACCUUCUAUACAUAUGAGAAAACCCCACAAGUCAUCGCGAAUGCUCAGAUCUCCGGGAUCACGGCCCCGCCGCCGACACUGAAAUACUCGCGCGGCUCCAACAAGCACACAGAGGAGCUUAAGGAAUCCAUCGGCACCCCCCAGGAUGCAUUCAAGCUUCUGCUGCAGCGCUGCUUUUCGGACCACGAGCUCUCCGAAGUCGCUGGCAGUGACGACCUAGCAUAUAUCUGUCAUCGCGUCGUGCAUGGCGGAGAGUUCACCUCGGCUGUUCAGAUCGAUGACGACACAUAUCAUCAUCUGGAAGAGCUGGAGGACCUGGCGCCCUUACAUAACUUUUCAGCGCUGGAGAUCAUCCGAACAUGCCGCAACGAGCUCCCGUCGGUCAACAGCAUCACGUUCUUCGACUCGGCGUUCCAUCAGACGCUUCCUGAUUAUGUCAAAACGUACCCGAUCAAUCAGGACGUGGCGAAGGCCAACAAGCUGCGCAAGUACGGGUUCCAUGGUAUCAGCUAUUCGUAUAUCUUGCGCUCGGUGGCCGAGUUCCUCCAAAAACCUGCUGAGCAGACGAAUGUCAUUGCGAUGCACAUCGGAAGCGGGGCUUCGAUGUGUGCAAUUAAAGAUGGGAAAUCGGUGGAUACAACCAUGGGUUUAACCCCAUUGGCCGGAUUGCCUGGUGCGACCAGAAGCGGUGAUAUAGAUCCAUCGCUUGUCUUCCACUAUACCAACGAAGCAGGAAAGCUAAGCCCCUCCAGCACGAAGGAGAUGCAUAUUAGCACGGCCGAGGAAAUUCUCAACAAGAAAUCAGGCUGGAAGAUUCUUACAGGGACAACUGAUUUCGCCCAGAUCGCGGUGGAAACCCCUCCUAGCCCCCAGCAUAAACUUGCGUUCGACAUAGUCACCGAUCGCAUGCUGGGCUACCUGGGGAACUACUUCGUGAAAUUGGGAGGCAAGAUCGACGCGGUGGUCUUCGCUGGCGGAAUUGGCGAGCAAAGUGCGCUUUUGAGAAAGACGCUGAUUGAGAAGUGUGCAUGCAUUGGCCUUGCGAUUGAUCCUUCGGCAAAUGAAAAAGGUCCGGCCGAUGACCAACCGGUCACAGACAUCUCAUCCAAGACAAGCGGCCAUGGACCGCGGAUAUUGAUUUGCCAGACUGAUGAGCAAUACGAGAUGGCGUACAGCUGCUUCUCAAAGUACGGCACAGACUCGAGACCAUGA